GACGUAGUGACGUAUACACCGGAUGCGGAAAUGUAGCAGCGAACAACAGUAGUUGGGAGCUGUAAAAAUGGUGUACGUGGCGAAUGGUCAGGUCCUGGACAACAGAAGCCAGUCUCCAUGGCGAAUGUCGUUCCUCACUGAUCUCUUCUGGGGUGCUGUGGAGUUCAUUGGCUUGUUUUUCCAAUCCCUGGUCCAGCCAGAUCUGACAAAGAGGGGUAACUCUGGCUCGUCCUCUGCAGGCUACAGUGAUGGCAGAGGCCCCCCUGGACCCCCUGGUGGCCGGAGGCGGAUGGGGAGGAUAAACCACGGUGGGGGGCCCAGCGCCCCUCCCAUGGGGGGAGGAGGAUGAGGAAGGUGA